AUGACACUGUCACUGCUCUGCUCCCUUUUCCUACUCGCUGCCCUGUCAGGUGUCCUCUCCCAGGUGCAGCUGGUCCAGACCGGCCCGGGAGCGGUGAAACCCGGAGAGACCCUCAGUAUCACCUGUAAGGUUUCUGGAGUCUCCGUCAGCAGCUACUAUUGGAGCUGGGUCCGGCAGCCGCCGGGGAAAGGGCUGGAGUGGAUGGGGCGCAUCCAGAGCACUGCAGCGGGAGGCAGCACAGAGUACAGCUCGGCUUUCAGUAGCCGGAUCACCAUCACCAGGGACACCUCGAAGGACAAUCCGCAGCCUCUGUCUCUGGGCAGUCACCAGACAACCCCCCUGAGAACUCUCCUCUCCAAACACGGGACAAUGAGGCUUUGGUUGUAUCUCGUUCUCCUUGCAGCAGCGUUUGAAGGUGCCCGGUCCCAGGUGCAGCUGGUGGAGUCCGGAGGGGAUGUGAAAAAGCCCGGAGACUCUCUCCGCCUCUCCUGCAAAGCCUCCGGCUUCACCUUCAGCAGCUACUGGAUGAGCUGGGUCCGCCAGGCUCCCGGGAAGGGGCUGGAGUGGAUCGUGGAAAUACACCCAACUUUAUCUACCAUCAACUACGCACAGCCCUUCAAGGGACGUUUCACCAUCUCCAGGGACAACCCCAACAACCUGUUGUAUCUGCAAAUGACCGGCCUGAAGCCCGAGGACACCGCCCGGUAUCACUGUGCGAGAGACACAGUGGGGGGAAUCCCGAUACUGCUAAUACAAAAACUCAAGAUGCAGAAUCUUCUUUCUCCCAUGCGCCGCGCGGGGGCAGCACUUCCCCGAACAAUCCAGCCCUGGGCACAGGAACGGGAGCUACAACCAGAGCGAAAAAUCACCUCUCGUCAGGUUUGAGAUCUCUGUAUUCAUAUAUGAUCACGUGUCCAUA